UCCAACCUCACAAUAGAUGGCGAUAAUUAGUCGAAAGAGACAAGAGAACUAUAUUUCUAUGACGUAGAAGAAAAGGAGACACGCGUAAGAUCAAAUUACAAGUUUCAUUAAUGUGCUGCUUUUACGAUGGCCAGACCAGACUGCUGCUCUUUGUUUGACCCGGCGUUCAAUCUGAAGCUGACUGAUGGGCUUAGGGAGAUUUCGCAGUUGCAGGAUCUUCAGGAACCUCUCCAUCUCAGCAUCAGAGAGGAAUUUCCUGACGAUAAAAGAGGAAUGGACAGAACAGGAGACGAGCUAGUGUCACCUGGAGAAGUGUCAGACAGGAAGUUUUGCUCUGCGUGUCAGUGCUCAUUCGACAGUCGUGAAGAACAGAUGGAGCAUUAUAAACUGGACUGGCAUCGCUUCAAUCUGAGGCAGCGAAUUGCUGGACGAUCACCGAUCACAGUGGAGGAGUUCGAAAAGAAGACAGGAAUGGGGGAUAUGUCAAGUAUUUCAGGUUCAGACUCUGGGGACGAGGAGGAGGAUGAUAACGCUGUUAAUGAUGCGAUUUCUUAUGGAGGCCGCCCAUCUACAAAAGUUUUGCUCCAAAACUCUCAGGGACAGUAUUUAUAUCUGUACCGGUGUGCAAUACAGAAAAGAACAAUUGAAACUGAGACAAAUGUGGUUGAUUCUUUGCUGAACAUCUCCGAGAAGACUUUAUGGGUGAUUCUGAUGACAGGUGGUGGCCAUUUUGCUGGAGCUGUUUAUAAAGGGAACGAGGUACUGCAGCAUAAGACGUUCCACCGUUACACAGUUCGAGCGAAACGAGGAACGGCUCAGAGUGUUUGCGAUGCCCAGAAUAGAGCCCACGCCCCCAAAUCAGCUGGAUCUGCUCUCCGGCGCUAUAACGAGGCCGCCUUAACAAAGGAGAUUCAGGAGCUGCUGAAAAACUGGGCUGAAUAUUUAACUCACGCCAACACCAUUUUCCUUCGCGCCCCAAAAUAUAACCGGAGUGUGUUUUUUGGAGGUCGUGGAGCGCCACUGGAGAAAAAAGACCCAAGAAUUCAGUCAAUUCCUUUUGCUACUCGCAGAGCCACGUUCAGCGAAAUAGCACGUGUGCAUGGCGUCCUCUCAAUGCUACAGAUUUAUGAUAAAACCACAGACGUAUGCAGCAUUCUGAGUUCGUCCAAAAGAAUGUGGCAGAAAAAACCUUCAAAUCAAACCAAAGAAAAUGCAGCAGUAGCCCAUCAGGUAGACCAGCAGGAUGAUGAGGAGGAGGAAGAAGAGGAUGAUGACAUCUCUGUACAGAUGAAAAUGGAGUAUGUGACCAUGUCCACUUUGGACUUAAGGGAACAUGAAAUCAAACCCAGCAGGAAGCAACGGAAAAAGAGGAAAGAGAAAAAAACAGAGGCAACUGAGAAGGAGGAGAAAACUAUGGAAAGUGAAGACUUUGGCAGCAGAGAGCAAAAGAAUGAGAGAAAGGACGAUAAGGCGAGAGAAGUGAAAACAAAAGACAAGAAAAAUCCAAAGAACGACGAACCUAAUGAAGAAGAUGAGGUUUGUGUAUCGUGGGAGUUUGGCAUCCAAGACGCUCUCUACACAGCAUGUAAAACCGGUGACACAGAGGCAUUGCACACACUCCUGCAACAGGAAAAGGACACAUUAAUCCGACUCCUUAACACGGCGAUUGACUCAGCCGGAUACACACUGCUACACGUGGCAUCAGCAGCUGCACAGAAAUAUGCUGUUAUGCUGUUAUUGGAGAUGGGAAGCGACCCGACAUGCAGGGAUAGAAAAGGCCAGACACCAUAUGCAGUUGCACCAGACAAAGAAAGCAGAAAUAUGUUCCGAAAAUUUAUGGCUGAACAUCCAGACAAAUACGACUAUGCUAAAGCUCAGGUCCCAGGGCCACUGACAGCUGAAAUAGAGAGCAAGAAAGCAGAAAAGAAAAAGGCGCAGAAGGCAGCGAAGAAGCAGCGUGAGAAGGAGCGGCGAGAGGAGAAAAGAAAAGAAGAGGAAGAGCAAGAGGAGAAGCGGAGGUUUUUAGCGCUGAGUGAGCGAGAAAAGCGAGCACUGGUUGCAGAAAGACGAUUGGCUGAGCAGGUAGCCAAAAACGGAGGAACAAUCACUAAUAUCAGGCGGUGCUGGCAGUGUGGAGAGUCUCUGCUGGGGAAAGUUCCAUUUGAAUAUCUACAGUACUGUUUCUGCUCAACACGCUGUGUCCAAACACACCGUAAAAGCAACAUUACUACCAAACCAUAAGAGAGAGAGAGAGAACUGGGAAGCUACUGCCACCGUUUUAUAGAAAUUGAAUGAUCAAAUUCUUUACUCAGUAAUGAAUCAAACAUGUAUCACAAACAUGAAAAAAUGCAUCAUGAAACUAAAAUUAUGACUAUAAGAGUGGGCAAGUGGAAUUACUGAUGCGAUUAUAAGGAAAUAAAAAUAUUUAUUACAAAUAAA